AGUACCCACCAACCAAGCACUACCAUCUCCUCUCUUUAAAGCUUCAAAGCCUCUCUCAAAACCUUACAACUUUUGAUCUCUUGUUUGUGAACAUGGCGACCAUUAUUCUAGAAAAUGACCCUCUUAACUGGAGCCAUGCAGCAGAUUCACUCAAGGGUAGCCACUUUGAAGAAGUAAAACGCAUGGUGGCAGAAUACCGGAAGCCACUUAUCUCUCUGGGUGGCGGGGAGACACUAACUAUAUCACAGGUGGCUGCUGUUGCUGUUGCCAAUGCCAACCAUAACUUGCAGGCUAAGGUUGAUCUCUCAGAGUCUGCAAGGGCAGGCGUUGACGCCAGCUGCGACUGGAUCACCCAAAACAUUAACAAAGGCACUCCCAUUUAUGGUGUUACCACCGGCUUUGGUGCUGCCUCCCACAGGCAAACUCAACAAGGCCUUGCUCUUCAGAAGGAAAUGGUUAGGUUUUUAAACUGCGCAAUAUUUGGCUACCAGACAGAGUUAUCUCACACACUGCCUAAAUCAGCAACAAGAGCAGCAAUGCUUGUGAGGGUUAAUACCCUUCUUCAAGGCUACUCAGGAAUCAGAUUUGAAAUCCUAGAAGCUAUCACGAAACUACUGAACCACAAUGUCACCCCCAUCUUGCCAUUACGUGGUACAGUUACUGCGUCUGGUGAUCUAAUUCCUCUGUCCUACAUUGUUGCAUUGCUAACUGGUAGGCGAAAUAGUAAAGCUGUUGGACCCUCUGGAGAGUCACUUAAUGCUAAGGAAGCUUUCCAUUUAGCAGGUCUACAUUCUGGGUUCUUUGAGUUGAAGCCCAAGGAAGGUCUUGCCCUCGUAAAUGGCACGGCCGUUGGGUCUGGCGUAGCUUCUACUGUGCUUUUUGAGGCAAACAUAUUAGCUUUAUUGUCCGAAGUUCUAUCAGCAGUUUUUGCAGAAGUCAUGCAAGGGAAGCCAGAAUUUACACAUCAUCUAAUACAUAAGCUGAAGUAUCAUCCUGGUCAAAUUGAAGCUGCAGCUAUUAUGGAACACAUUCUAGAUGGAAGCUCUUAUGUCAAAGAUGCUAAACUGCAACAGCCAGAUCCAUUGCAGAAGCCAAGAAAAGAUCGUUAUGCUCUUGUAACUUCUCCUCAGUGGCUUGGUCCACAGAUUGAAAUCAUCCGGUAUUCGACCAAAUCAAUUGAAAGGGAAAUAAACUCAGUAAAUGACAAUCCCUUGAUUGAUGUCACAAGGAAUAAGGCACUGAAUGGUGGUAAUUUCCAAGGAACCCCAAUUGGAGUUUCAAUGGAUAAUGCACGUUUAGCUGUUGCUUCAAUUGGCAAACUCAUCUUUGCCCAAUUUACUGAGCUAGUCAAUGAUUUGUAUAACAAUGGGUUGCCAUCAAAUCUUUCUGCUGGUAGAAACCCAAGUCUGGAUUACGGUUUCAAGGCAUCUGAAGUUGCCAUGGCUGCUUAUUGUUCUGAACUUCAAUAUCUAGCAAAUCCAGUAACGAGCCAUGUGCAAAGUGCUGAGCAGCACAACCAAGAUGUGAACUCUUUGGGCUUAAUUUCUGCUUUGAAAACUGUCGAAGCCGUUGAGAUAUUAAAGCUCAUGUCUUCGACUUAUCUGGUUGCACUCUGCCAAGCUAUUGACUUGAGGCAUUUGGAGGAAAAUUUCAAGAGUACGGUCAAGAAUACUGUAAGCAGAGUUGCACAGAAAACAUUAAUUACAGAAGGCAAAGAAGAAAUUAACCCAUUUCGACUUUGUGAGAAAGAUUUGCUUAAAGUGGUCGAUAGAGAGUACGUAUUUUCCUACAUUGAUGAUCCCUCCAAUGUUACGUACCCCUUGAUGCCAAAACUAAAGCAAGUACUUUAUGAGAAAGCACACAUCAGUGCCAUUAAUGACAAGAAUGUGAGCUUGUUGAUUUUUGAGAAGAUAGGAGCUUUUGAGGAUGAAUUGAAGUCUCUCUUGCCAAAGGAAGUUGAAAAUGCAAGGGUAGCUUAUGAGAAUGGCAAUCCAGCAAUUCCAAACAGAAUAAAGGAGUGUAGGUCAUAUCCACUGUACAAGUUUGUGAGGGAGGAGUUAGAGAUAGGGUUGCUCACCGGAGAAAAGAAUCUCUCACCCGAUGAGGAAUUUGAAAAAGUAUAUACAGCCAUGUGUCAAGCAAAGAUUGUUGACCCAAUUCUGGAAUGUCUUGGAGAUUGGAAAGGGUCUCCCAUCCCAAUAUAAUUAAUGUGUAGGAGUAAUCUGCCGAUGUUUGACAAUAACUAGCAGGCAACUUCUUUUUUCAUGAUGUUUGUUUUAGGAUUUGAUUUGAAUAACUAAAUAGUUAAGAGAAACUAGUGUGGAUUUCCAGUGUACGCCUUAUCUAUACAACUAAAUCAAUAAAAAAAAAACGAAUACGUCAUUCCUUUAGUUAUAAAGUAAUUGUG